GGAGCCGUCCCGCUCGCGCGCUUCGCUUGUUUGCGCAUGCGCGCGCCUUCAACCGCGCAUGCGCGUCGGGAACCCCGGCCUUCUAUAACGUCGCGAAAAAAUUAUCGUUUGUGACAAGCUCUGUGUGUGCGCGCUUCCAAGUUGUUAAUCUAUUGGUGUUUUUUUAAAAUUAUUAUUAUUUGUGUGCGUAAGUGGUACAAUCGAUUGCAUACGUAGUUCGCGGUUAUCACGCUCGUUAUAACUUUUGUUUUUUGUCCCCGGACAAAUUUAAAUGAAAAAAAAAAUAUUUUUUGCUUCAGAAUUAAAUGUUUAAACCAAUGAUUUUCGUUAGGUUUCGUGGGUAUGUUAAUUUAGAGGAUCGAUAACUAGUGAGAUAGCGGAGGCGAACAGCUCGUAUUUUGAGAAUUUUUUAAAACUUAUUUUUUAGCUCUAGUGGUGUCGUCUCGAAUGCCGUUGAUUUGCCAACACUGAACUAGCUCGCGUCCGCCUGCGAGAGAGAACCGCGUCGUCGGCGGGGGGAAGAGGAAGCGGCAGGGUAUCGAGAAGUAUCGAGAAGUAUCGAUAAGUAUCGAUCUCCUGGAAGUAAUAACGCUCCCGGUCAUGAGACACGGAUCGUCGGCGGGGCGGCCGCCCGCUGACCUCGGGGGUUGAUGGCGUGAGUAGCUCGCGGACUCUUGACGUCGGGCUGCGCUGAUUGGUGCGUGGAUCGCCGCUCCUCUCGGUGUCAUCAUCAUCAUCAUCAUCAUCAUAAUCAUCAUCAUCAGCAGCAGCAGCAGCAGCCAUGGGGAAGGCCGGCAGCAAGCUGAAGAAGAAGAAGCGGAGUCAAAGUAUCGCGUGGAGCUUCCGGUUCCCUUCACUUAGUACCUUGUCGCGCCGCAAGAUGCCUCUGGCGCAGCGCCCGCAUCUGGACGUGCGCCAGUGGCUGAACAUCUUGGAGCUGGCGCAGUAUGCCGCCAACUUCGACAAGUUCGACGGAGUCGAGGACUUGCUGUCCUUCUCCGAGGCGGACAUCAAGGACCUGGGCGUGAAGAACUCCGCUCACAGGGCCAGGAUCGUGUCCAGUCUGGUGGCGCUCAGGACCAAGUAUGAGAAGGGCAAUAAGAAGAAAGAGCAGCAGCCGCAGAGGCAUAGCGUUGCCGUAGACAGCGGGAGACUCGUGCAGCAGAACGGCGCGUCCGACAUCUUGGUGGUCACUGACGUCAUCCAGAGCAAGAGCUUAUGUAACCUCGUGAUGGAGGCGACCCAGGACCCCGGCGUGGACCCGGCGCAGCUGAAGAAGGCGCUGGAGUGGGAGCUGAGCCUGGACUCGCGAGACCUGCGCUCGCACGCCUGGUACCACGGCGCCAUCCCGCGACACCGCGCCGAGGAGAUCGUGGAGCGCGACGGCGAGUUCCUGGUGCGCGACUGCGCCUCGCAGCCGGGCAACUACGUGCUCACGUGCCGCUGCAAGGGACAGGGCCUGCACUUCGUCAUCAACAAGGUGGUGAUCCAGCCAGACACGGUGUACGAGCGCGUACAGUACCAGUUCGAGGACGACGCCUACGACACGGUGCCCGACCUCAUCACCUACUACGUGGGCAGCGGCAAGGCGGUGUCGGCCACCUCGGGAGCGCGCGUGCACACGCCGCGCAACCGCGCGCACCCGCUCUCCUUCUACGCCGCCCAGUACGGCUCUCCGCUGUCAUCGCCGCUGUCCUCGGCCCCCGGCGCGCUGCGCUGCAGCCCCUACAGCUCGUACCGCAGCCCCGUGCACUCGCCGCCGCGCGCCAAGCGAGACGCCCCGCCGCGCCUGCCCGCCAAGAAGCAGCGCAGCCACUCGCUCACGCCCGCCGAGCUCAACGGCCGCGCGCCGCCGCAGCAACAACCCAGGCCCGCCGCCCCCGAGGAGAAGAGCAGCAGCGCCGACGGCGUCAUCCAGAACUGCGGCGGGGCCAGGUUCUCCACGCACUCCCUCCCCCGGCCGUCGACCGCCUCCUCCUCCUCCUCCUGCCGGCCGCAGCAGCAGGCGCCCGCCGCCUCCAGGAGCGGCAAGAUGGUGCGCGUGACGAGCGACCCGGCGCUCAGCCCCUGCCUCGAGAGGCGCCACUUCGGCUACCCGGACCCCGGGGACGCGGACCCGCCCGGGGAUCCGCCCCCCAAGCCGAGCCGCGUGCCGUCCGAGGCGCGGCCCUCGACGGCCGACCCUCAGCAGCAACGCGUCGCCUCGUACCACGCGUCCAGCAGCGACUCGGGCAACGGCUCCGGCGACUCGGCGCAGAGCUCCGCCGCCGGGGACGGCGCCGCGGAGGCGGCGGCGGCGGCGGCGGGGGCCUCGGCCCCGCCGCACAGGGGCGUCGUCAUCAAGAACCCGCGCUACCACGCGGCGGCUCCGGCCGCCUGCUCGUCCUCCUCGCCCUACGACUCGGCGGCCGAGGACUCGCUGCUGUCGCUGUCGGCGCCCGACCCCGACCCGCCGUCCGCCUUCGACCUGGAGAACUUCUCGACGCUGCUGCUGCCGGCGACGGAGAACAGGCCCUUGGACGCGACGGCGCUGCAGGGCGUGCGCGUGAUGCUGCGCGAGACGGGCCCGCGCAUCCUGGCCAGCCACCUGACGGCCACGGACCUGGAGCUGGUGGUGGGCGGCGGCGCGCGGCCCGGCGGCAGCUGGGAGGCCGACCUGGGGCUGGGCGUGAGCUGCGGCCUGGAGCUGUGCGCGCUGCCGCACGGCCGCCAGCUGCGGCGCGAUCUCGUCGAGAGGACGCAGUGCCUGAAGCUGCUGGUCGCAGUCACCAUCCUCACCUGCCCCACGGAGUCGGAGCGCGCCGAGACGCUCAACAAGUGGAUCCAGGUGGCCAUCGACAUCAAGACGGCGCUCGGCGACCUGUACGGCUUCUGCGGCGUCAUGAUGGGGCUGUGCAUGCCGCAGAUCCAGAGGCUGGACGCGACGUGGCACGUGCUGCGGCAGAAGUUCACGGACAGCGCGUUCAACUUCGAGGCGAAGCUGCGGCCGACCUUGAAGCACAUGAACGAGUGCACCAACCCCCAGGCCCCCAACACGACGAUACCCCACCUCCUCCCGUUCGUCCUGCUGCAGGAGCGCACUCUGGACGACAUCCUCGGUGCCAACCCGGAAGGCGGCAGCAGCCUGGUGAACACGUGCCUCGGCUCGUGGGAGUCUUCGACGGCCGACUUCGGCCUGGGGACGCUGUACGCCCACCUGGAGGCGGCCCGCAGGUUCGGCGAGUCGCUGCCCAUGUUCCGCAGGAACGCGGAGAUCGUGCUGGGCGACGCCAAGGAGGACGAGCUGCUGACGGACAUGUUCCGCACCGAGUUCCAGCUCAAGUUCCUGUGGGGCAGCCGCGGGGCGGGCGUCGCGCCCGAGGACCGCCACGCCAAGUUCGAGCAGGUGCUGGGCGCCAUGUCGGAGAAGUGCGAGCCGAGCCCCGCGGCGGCGGGGGCCUCCCCCAGCGCGUAGGGAGCUCCCUCCCCCGCGGGGCCGCGGGGCUUGGCUCGCGUGGUGCUGCCUUCUGCGUCCACUCCAGGUGGUGGGCAGGCAUCGUGCAGGGUGUCGUAAC